GGUACGUUGGUUACAGUACCUCGGUUAAGCCCGGUAUUUUUCGACUUGCACUUCAUAUGCGGCAUGAUUCCAAUUGCGGCAGUACUUUCAUCGUGGAAAAUGGCCAUUUUUAAUCAUAAUUAAGUAUUUGACCAGGAACACAAUGAAGCCUCCAUCACAGUCAACUCCUGUAAGCAGCUUAGUAUUUGAAGGCGUCUACAACAAUGCCAGAAUGCUUCAUUUCCUCACAGCAGUCGUGGGCUCCACCUGUGAUGUGAGAGUGAAAAACGGCGCAGCAUAUGAAGGAAUCUUCAAGACUUUAAGCUCUCAGUGUGAGCUGGCUGUGGAUGCUGUUCAUAAACAGAGCGAUGGAGGAGGAGGAGGAGGGGGAGGUGAGGAAGGAGGAGGAGGAACCCAGUCCUUUCUACCCAAGAUUGAAGAAAUCACUGAUACCAUGAUCUUCAGCCCCAACGACCUUGUGACCAUGACCUGCCGCGAUGUCGACUUAAACUUUGCUGUCAGAGACACGUUCACUGACACGGCCAUCAGCUCGUCGCGGGUAAACGGGGAACACCGGGAGAAGGUCCUACAGAGGUGGGACGGAAACGGGAAUGGAGAGAACUUCGAGCUUGAGGCAGACACAUCAAACGGCUGGGACGCCAACGAGAUGUUUAAGUUUAAUGAGGAGACGUAUGGCGUGAAGUCUACCUAUGACUCCAGCCUCUCCAUGUACACCAUGCCUUUGGAGAAGGGGAACUCAGACGUUUUCCGACAGCGGGAAGCACGAGCAGCCCGCUUAGCCAAUGAGAUUGAGGGCAGCCUGCAGUACCGCCGGCGGGUGUCUUUAGAGAACGACGAGGGCCGGAGCGAGGAAGAAAAAUACAGCUCAGUGGCUCGAGAGAGGGAGGACAGGGCGAGCCCCGGGUUCACGUCCACUGGCAGGGAAGGUAAAUACAUUCCUCUCCCGCAGCGGGCUCGAGAGAUCGGUCUGUCUGGCAGGGCUGGCACCUCCGGUCGAACUGUUCCACCUACCUCCUCCAGACACCCACCGCCUGGCUCGUCAUCUCCCAAACUGCCCUCUGAUAGGAGUAACCCACUGACCAUCAGAACAGCCUACUCUCCUCACCAAUCACAGAGCAGCCCGCCAGCUGCCGGCAGCCCUCCCUGCACCAAUCACGUCCUCCCGCACUCCGUCUCCCACCCACAGGCACUGGCCGACUCAUCUCGCUCGUCUGUUAACGGAGUCACAUCCAGAACUUCCCCCAAAGCCCAGAGACUUCAGAGCACCAGAAACCUGCGGACCCCAAACUCCCAGUCCUCACCUGCAGUCUCUCGUGCUCCAAAACCAGACGCCUCUUCCCAGGACCUCCCCCUGGUCGGCCCCACUUUCUUGGACUCCUCCUCUUCUUUCUCCUCCACAGUCGCCACGGCAACCACCACCACUAAACCCUCUGGCCCCACCCCGCUCUUCCCUGUCGAUGUGAAUGAGAUCCUCAGCACAGCAGCGAAAGAGCGAACUGAAAGUUUGUCUGAAGCAAAGAGCAGCAAAGCUUCUUCGGGCCAGCAGAGAUCCCAACUGGAGGAAGAGCUCCGCAAAUUCGGCAAAGAAUUCAGGCUGCAGCCCACCUCCUCUCCAUCAGCGAGCCCAGCUUCUUCAGAUCCUCCUCAGCACAGCUCCUCCUCACCUGCUGACUCAUCCUCCUCCUCCCCUGUGCCGCUGAAACCUCUCACCUCCUCUGCCCAAGAUCUGCAGCAGACAGCAGAGGCAGCUGCCCCCACCACGACCCCUGCUGCCUCGACCCCCACAGCUCCUGUCGGCCCCCAGGCCUCAGGGCCAGAUGAGCUGCAGCCAGGGACAACCCAGUCGGCCCCCAGCAGUGAGGAGGGCUGUUCAGAAAGCGGUGAACGACCAGAGUCUGCAUCUGCAGCUGCAGUGCAAGUGAAAAACUCAACACUGAAUCCAAACGCAAAAGAAUUUCUUCCCAUAAAAGUUAACACAGUCCAGAAGCCUGCGCCGACCCCCACCCCUCCUCGACCAACCCCUCCGAGCCCCUCUUUAGUUCUGCCUCCUCCAGGACAGCCAGGAGGAGGCGCCAUCUACAGCAACCCACCUGGGCACUACCUGUCCUAUGUCUCCCCCCUCCACAUCCAAGGACACCAGAUCCAGGCUCCUCAGAUGUAUCAGUACACCAUGUCAACUGUCAACCAGGGCAAAUACCCCAGAGCCAAAGGUCCGGUGGUGGGACAGCGUCCAGAGCACCAUGCCUCCCAGGCCUCCCCCAUGAUCUCAGCUGCAGCCUCGGCAGCAGGACCCCCCCUGGUGGCUUCACCUUAUCCCCAGUCCUACCUGCAGUACGGUCAGGUGCUCCAGGCCCUUCCUCCACACUACCACGGACAGCCUGUUUACUCAAUGCUGCAGGGUGGUGCCAGGAUGCUGACAUCUGGGGCACCUCCUCAGCAGAUGGGUCCUCCUGGCCCCCAGUACCCUGGCCAGAGUGAUGGCCCACCGGGGCCACAACAGGGCAUGUAUGCUCAGUCGUUCUCUCACCACUCGGGCUCCAUCCAUCCUCCUCAGCCCUCCAGCACCCCCACUGGGAAUCAGCCCCCUCCCCAGCACACAGCUCCCAGUCCAGGACACACUCAGUCGAAUCAGGCUGCUCCUCAGCCUCAGUCCAUGUUCCACUCUGGAGGUUUGUCAGCCCCAACCCCUCCUAACCUGCAGCAGGGCCACAGCUCCCCUCAGGCCUCUUACACCAUGCAGGGAUACAGCCUCCCCACCCACCAGGCUCUGCCCCACGGCUUCCCCUCCAUCAGCCAACUCACUCAGGCUCAUGUCACUGCAGGCAUGUCAGGACCUCACCACUCUGCAGGUCACGGCCUGCCACCUGUCAUGCUGCACUACGUCUCCCCUCAGCAGGGUGGAAGCUCCAACCCCCAACACGGCCCCCAGCAGGGAGCACCACAACACUUUUACAUCGGACACCCACAAGCUGUUCAGGUUCAGGCUCACCCCACCCAGCAGCUGUCCUUCCACCCCUCUGCAAACUGAACCCACUUGGUCAUAGCUGGAUUCAGGAGCGAGGAAGACGAGUGUUACUGUCUGAAAAGCCCCCGCCCCAAAACCCCAAACAACUUGUAACAUUCCCACUUCCUGACAUCACAUUUAACACGUCCUCAUUUUUACCCACAUCACCUUUUAGACAGAGACGUGUCUGGAUUUUAAAAUGUAAAUACAGACUGUGUCCACACAGCUGGACUGAAGACAAUAACUGGUGGAAACGUUUAGACUGACGACAGUGGAAACAGUUUCUCUCCCCGUCCCACCUCCUCUGUCCUUUUACAGACGAAACCAGUUCAUUAAUAAUAAAACCACUGAACUAAA